AUCAAAUAUAUAUAAAUAUAUAUAUAUAUGAUAAUAGUGUGAUAAAAAGUUUUUGAACGUCUAGUAAUUUUACAACUUUUCAUAAUUCAUAAAUAAUAAUUGUUUAGAGAAUUAAGAAUCUAUCUUAUAAUACUAUGUGUGUUUUAAAAUAGUAUUUAAGUAAUGAAUAUCUACUUAAAGGUACUAAGUAACAAUGGCACAAUGUAACUUUUGUAUUAGAUUAAAUCAAGUAAAUAAUCAUCAUCCACUGCUUAUGCAUAAUCAACCAUGGUCAGUGCAAUAGUUUUACUUAUUCAAACUACAAUGUAGUUAAUUACAAUAUUAUAACACAUUAGAAUACAUAUAAUUAUAAAUGGUCAACAGUUAUCCAGUUGAUCAUGUUGCAUUCAAACGACAAAUAACAUGAUCAACAAUGCAUUGCAUUCAGUUUUGGUUUGUUUCGUUAAAUAAUUGGUUGUUAACAACAUGUCUUCAACAAACAAACACGAUUCUGAAAAAGAUGAUGAAACUGAGCAAUGUAGUAAGUAUUAGUAUAUUUAAUAAUCAAAUACUAAACAUUGUAGACUGUUGUUUUAUGCAUAUUAUGUUUUCCACAAUACAAAAUUGAUACAACUCAUUAAAUAUAAGUGAUUAAUUAUAUAUUUAUGUUUGUUAUGUAAAUAGUAAAUAUAUUUUUGAAUCAUUACCUUUAGUUAAUAAUUUAAAAUAAAAUAUUAUUUUAUAGGUAUUAAUUUUUUUUUUUUUUGAAAUAUGAAUAAAUAAACUAUCAUAAUAAAAAGUAAUAAAUUAAGUCAUAAUAAAUAAACAAAUAAAUCUGCUAAAUUUGUAUUAUUAUUUGAUAAUGUAUGUAUGCAUAUAUAUAUAUAUAUAUAAUAUUGUGUUAUAAUGGCUGAUAAUUUAAUGAUACUAUAAAGAAGAGAUAAAGUAGGUACCUCAUUAUUUUAAUUGUUUUCAAACCCAUUCAUUCAAUCAGUGUUAAAGAAGCAGAAGAAUGCUACAAUAAUUUUGAUGUAAUUUAUUUUAUCCAAAGUACACAUAAACAGUAUAUAUCAAGUGUAAUACCUAAUAAGUUAUUUAACAAUUUUAAAACAAUUUUUUUAAAAAUAUUUUUGGUGUUAAUGUAUGGAUAUAUGGGGCUAUUCAUUAGAUUCAGUAAUUUUACCACUUAAAAUUAAUAUUUGUGUAUAAAAUUAAUAUUAUUUGUAAAUAAAUUUAUAAGAACAGCUAAUAAAUUAAAUUAAAACCCAGAGAUAGAGAGCUAGAUAAAAUUUUUGUUUUAAUUUUUUUUAAAUAAUACCUAUAUAAAAAAAAAAAAAUAGCAUCACACAUUUUCAAUUAUUUUAAUAUCAAUUUUCAUCAAUUAUCAGGCUUUAAAUUAUACUGAGAUAUAUUAAAAAUUAUACAAUUAAUAAUAUAAAUCAAAAAUUAAAAAUUGUGUUUUAUGAAGAAUAUUUAUCUAUUUUACAUAUUAGCGCAUGGCGGUAAUUACAAAUAAUAUAUACAUUUACAUGUAUAAUCGUGCUAUAGUACAAAGUUUGAUAAUAUUUAUAAGCGAUAAAAAUUAGUACAUAAAGAGAAUAAGAAUAAAGAUUAUAAGUAUGUUUAUAUAUUGAAUGUUUUAUGAGGAAUUAUAAUUUCUACAUAUUUUACAUAAUUAAAAAAAAUCCUCAAAAUGAAAUGAUUCUAUGAUAACCAUCCAUAUCCCUUUUAUAUUCUAAUCAAAAUGAAAAUCAUCAAUGAUGAAAUGCUCUUAGUUUCUGAACAUUUUUUUUUAUUUGUCUGUUAACAACUUUACAGCAGACAAAAUAUUUUGAAAAACAACCUGCAACCCAGAAAACUAUAGAUGUCUUCUGAAAUAGUAGAAUCAAUUAAAGAGCGAAAUAAUAAUAAUCAUAUUUUAUAAGACAAAGCUUAUAUUUUAAAUCAAGAGGAUAAUAACCAAUAAAUUAAAGGACCUCUCAUCACUGAAGAAAAAUUCUAAUGAACAAUGAGGGGACUGAGUGAUAAAAUGGCAACAGGAGUGGAUGAACAGAUUUAACAAAAAUUGUAAAAAACAAGAAGAUCCCUAAUCAAUAUUAUAACUAACUACUGCAAUUAUGGUCUAAUACCUUCAGAUUUCAUAACUCUACCAAAAAAAGAAAAUUUAAUAGAUUGUGAAAACUAUAUUGCAAUUUUAUCUUAUCCAUCCAAAAAACUGUUAAAUAUUAUUAAAAAUAAACUAAAUAAUAAAAUAUAAUUAAAAUUGGAUGGAUAUCAGUUUGGUUUUAGAAAUGGAAGUCAAAAGAAAAGAGGUUUUGUCUCUAAGACAGGUAUCGGAGAGAAGAAUUAAUUUUGAUAAGACAACUUUUGUAUAUUUAGUACAUUUUCACAAAAUCGAAGAUAAAUAUUUUAUAACAUAAUGUUCAUAUUACUAUAAAUAUUUACUAAUAAUACAUUUUUAAUUUUCUAAAUUUUUUGAAGUUAAGUAUAGUUGCCUAAUUUAUUUCAUCUUUUCAUUUAGUCAGCCUUGAAUAGAAUGCAGGAAAAUACAGUGGAGAUUUCAAUCAACGAUAACUAAGUUCAUUCUAUUCAAUUUGCAGAUCGUUUUUUUAUUGAUUUGCAUAUAACAUCACCUUAGUAGCAGACACAGCAGAUCUCAAUUAUAUGCUAAAAUAUUUAAAUGAAAUCUUAAAUAAUUCAGUUUGAAAAUCAUGAAAACAAAAUAUGGAUAGCCAUAGGGCUAUCAUAAACACAAUGAAUACAUGUAUGCAAACAUGAAAGUCAAUAAUGAAUCUAUAAAUCAAGUGAAUGAAUUCUUUUACUUGGGAAGUUUAAUUUUCAAAGACAACAGAUCAACCAAAGAAAUUAGUAAGAAAAUCACUCUUAGUAAAUAAGCAUUUGAAAAUAAAUAAGCCUUAUUAAUUAACAAUCACUCACCUAAGUAAUAACAUUAAUGAAGAAAUUAAAACAUAAUUCUUCAUAGUUGAAAAAUAUGAUCAGACUGGAAGCGACAAAGAUAUGGCUGUGGAAGAGGAUGACGGGUAUUAAUUAUAUAAAAAAAAAAAAAGACAAACCAAACUACAUUAGAAGAAGUAGGAAGUACCCCAAAUUAUCUACACUAUUAAUAUACAAAUAAUCAGGUUAGAGACCUACUUGCAACACAGUCAUGAGUCAAUUUCUCAAUAACAUCUUUGAAGACAAAAUUCUUGAAAACCAACCAAAAAGCAGAACCAGGAUAUCAUAUUUUAUUGAUGUUAUCCAGCUUAUGGGGUUUACUUCAUAUCACCAAAUAAAGAAAGCAACUUUAAAUACAUAGAGUACUCUAUGUUUCAAUAGACAAACUUGGUUAUACUGACACUGCUCUGCCUUUAGAGUAUGAUGAUGAUAAUAAUAUAUUUUUCACCAGAAAACUUGAGCCAAAGCUUCAAUCAAAAAUCGAUAGAUUAGUUUUUUUGUAAAAUUUUUGGGAACAUCUUAUCAUAUGGAUACUUUUUUAGAUAUUUAUAGAGAUAAAAUAAGGUAUAAAUAUUUUCGAAUUACAAUUUUAAUCUUUGAUUAUAAAUUUUCCAGUAUUGUAAAAAAAAAUAAUGCACAUUUAUCUUUUUUUCUUUAAGUAAAAUUGUACAUUUUAGAUUAUGAGCUAAGUAAGGAAUGUAUUAAUUUUACAGUGAAUGUAUUUUUAUUUUUUAUAUAUUUAAGAGAAUAUUUUUCUAAAUAUUUUUGAUAUGUGUAAUAAUUUACAAAUAUAUGCACUAAUAUUAAAUUUACCGUAUAUGAAUUAUGUAACCAUUUAAAUUUUAAAUUGGAGGAAUAGGUAAGGGUAAUAAAUUACAUGAUUGCACUAUAUCCUACUCCUUUAAUCUAAACUUUAAACAGUUAUAACUCAUAAACAGUAAUCUGUGUGGAGGAAAAGAUGGCUAAACUUGAAAGUGUCAUAACUCAACCCUCAUCACAACUCCGGGGUAAGGGAUACCAGGAUUUGAAUUUAAGAAUAAGAACGGGUCAAGGUAUAUGCAAUAAGUUUACUGCAUAAAUGGAGUAUGACUAAAUCCCUCUAUGUACCUGUGGUGAAGUACAGUCGAUUCAAUAUAUAAUUGACGAGUGCCCAACAUCAAAAUUUAUUAGUGGUACCGAACAGCUACAUAAAGGGGGCCUAGAUGCUCUGAGAAGGCUUAUAAACAUUAUACAAGCAAUAAUUUCGAGUUUAACUUCACCAUCUUCACCUAAUGUUUAAGAGUCUUUGCUAUCAUUGUUAAUGUUUACAUGUUUAAAAUAUUAUUUUUAUUUAUUUUAUUUUAUAUUAUUAUUAUUUUUUGUUAAUGCAUGUUAAUACCAUAUAAUUAAGAUGAUAUGAUAGUAUUAUUACUAUACCUUGUUAUUAAGUUUUAGUUUUAAUUUCAAGAAAAUUAGUAAUAAUAAUAAUAAUACAAAUUUACUAAUUCUUCAAUAAGCAAUAUUUACAAAGAGUAUUAUAAUAAACAAUUUCUGUAGGAUUACCUUCAAAGCCAAAGUGAGAGUUCAUACAAGUACAAUAUUAAAUAAAUAUAACAAGGAAAAAAUAUAAUAAUUAAUUUAAAAUUUUUAAUAUCAUGAAUAAAUUAUAAAUAGUAGUUAAUCAAUAUUCAUCACAAUAAAUUAUCACAAAUACAUAUUAAUAAUACUAAAAUGUUAUUUAAAUCCAAAGAUAUGAGUUUUCUUUUAACUUGCUUAAAAUCAAUGUAAUCAUGAAUACAUAUUUUAUGUUUAAUACAAAAUAAGGUCCAGAUUGAUAAAAAACAUUUCUCAAUUUAGUUAAUGUAAUAUUAAUAUCUUUAACAAAUUGUGUGUUAUAAUUAUGAGUAGAAUUAAUUGUAUUAAUGUAAAACACAACUGCAAAACAUACAUUAUAUAAAGAUACUUAAUAUUUAAAAUUUUACAAUCAUUAUAUAAAAAGUUGUUGGGAUGAGAUUCAGCUUAUUGAAUAUAUAUUUCACAAGAGAAUUUAAUGUUAUAUGUAAUUUUUUUUAUUAUGAGUAUCAAAAACGUUACCCUAAAAUACAAAACCACAGGACACUAUUGAUUGUACUAAAGAUUUGUAACUAAAGAAUUUUGAUAUCAAAUUUUGACAAAAAUCUUAAAUAUUACGGCCUUUCAAAAUAUGUAUAUUCGAACUCUACUAAGAAUCAUUUUUUAUUAGCAAAAAUUAAUUAUUAUGUAUAGAUUUAAAUAUAUUUUAAUAAAAAAAAAAAUACAUUGAUAUUCUACCUUCCCAACUUCUCGCCUACAACAGUGACUGCGACCACAUGCAAAGUAUGUCUGUCCUUUUUAUAAAACAUGACUUAUACAAAUAAAACAAUUAUCCAAUUAUAAAAAUUGAAUUUAUUACCUAUACAUUUUGUAUAACAAUAUGAUUAUAAUUAAAUAUAAAAUGUAUACUUAAAAUUUAAUCAAAAUACUCAAAAACUAAUGAUUAUUUCAAGUAUUUUUCCUAAAAAUGAAUAAUAAAUAUUAAAUUAUAAUUUUUAGUUUAAGUACUUACUUGAUCAUUAAAUUUAAUAUUUUUAUGUUUUUAAUAAAAAAAUAUCAUUACAAUUAAGUUAAUCAAAACAGUUCAAAUGAAAAAUAUACUCAUUAAAAUACAAGUCUACUAAAUGAAAAUUCAAAUACCUGGAGCAAUAUAUUAACACUUAUAAAAUAUUUAAAUACUUUUUAAUACUAGUUUCGUGUUGCUGUUCUUAAAGUUUAUCAAAAGUAUUUUUUGAACUAUUAAGACAUUAAAACAAAUUACCUACCUCUUAAAAACCAUGUAUUAGAUUUUGCAUUUAUGGAUAUACUUAUUGCUUUCCCAACAAAUUGAAUGCAUACUAACGGCCACAAAAAUAUUAAUAUAUCUAGCACACAUAUUAUAAUAUUCAAACAUAAUUAUAUAUUUUAUAAUUUUCUCAGUCUAUUUAAAAUUUAAUAUGUAUAAGUUAACUAAUUUAAAUGUUUAUAUUUGUAAUUUUAUAUAAUACGUAUUUAUUUUGGUAAUAUUUAAAAAAAAAUUAUUAAUUUUUACUUUUUGCUGUUAUUGUAAAAAUAAGUAUUUAAAAAAGAAAUAUGCAUAACUACCAGUAGGUUGGUUAGGUAGGUAUUAGCAUAGUCAAGUAUAGGUACAUACCUAUUUGGUGUAUAUUAGAUAUGACAUUCAAAUUACCAAUAAAUACAUUUUUAAUAACUCCAAAAAAAUACUUUUAUAUUUUGUUUUGUAUUUUUAUAAAACAUUACCUAUACUUAUUUUGUUAUUCAUUUGAUAAGUAGAUAAAUGUUGUGUAAUAUAGUAUUUCCUGUAUUGAAUCAAAACUGAUGACUAAGUAUGGACAAUAACCUUGAUCAUUGAUACCAUAGUGAACGUGACGUAAUAAUAAAAUAGUUACAACCUGUUAUUUUAACAAUUCCAUUAACGUACCAUAAUAUAUUAUUCAUUCAUUAAGAAUGAAAUGCAAUGCGUUCGUUUUUGUAGGCUUGAGGAAUUUGUAGUGUACAAUGUACUAUGUAGAUAGUGUCACAUGACUGACUCAGACGUUAAUCUAACGUGUUCCCCACUUAUUUAGAUGCACUAUUUUUAGAUUCUUUAUCUGUAUAUUUUUCUUCAAUCUUCAUUGGUUUAUAAAUAAAAGUGUAAAAUAUUAACAUAUGUCGUGGCUCACGAGGUUACCUACUAGUUUUACUACUAAUUUUUUUUUUUUAAAUAUUUGUCUAAUUAAUUGUCGUUAUAAUAUCUGAAAGGAGUUGUCCCUGAUGAAAAGUUCAGAAAGUGGAAUAAUAAUAUUGGUAGUGGUAAUACAUUUACAAGACGAGCUCGUUCACUCAAAGAAGAGCUUAUGGAAAUUAUAUCAGCAAUGCGAUCACCUAGUCAUAGUAAUGCAAUCAGUUCCAGAAGUGGUUCGCCGAAAAAUGGUUUGCCAAAGCAAAGACAUGCUUCGUCAGGAAGUAGUCCUAAACGAUCCCUCAAUGACAUUGAUUUUCAUGUUCGACAAGUAAGUUUUAAAAUUAAAUUGUAUUUUAGAAUUUAUUCGUACUUCAAUAAGUUAAACUAUUUAAUAUUUUUCAGAUUCAGAUAGCCUUAAAACAUUUUCUUGAUGUAGUAACAAAAAAUAAAUUAGAAAUGUUAUCGGGAAAUGGUACAGUUGUUUUAGAAACUGUGACAACAAUUUGUGGAGUGAUCAAAUCAUACGAUAUUAAUGAGCGAAGUUCACUGGUUGUAUCUGCUUUGAAUCAAGUUUAUCAAAGUGUAGCUAAACUUAUUAAACUAUGUGAUGAUGUGCUCAUAAAUGGAGAAAAAGCAAUCGAAACUGAUAAUGUGUCAAACAUAUUACGUUUGGUUGAACUAGCUAUUCAGGUAUCAUAUUAAUGCACAUUAUCACCUAUUUUAUUGUUUUUAAAUGUUAAUACGUAUUAGAAACUAAAAAUGUUUUUUUUAAAUUAUAGAACUUGGUAGAAUUAACUAAUGACAAACUUAACCAUAGUGUACUUAAAGUUGUAUACAAAGAUGAAGAUACAUUGAAACUUCCUGAUGAAUUGAAACAAAGAGUUUCUUUACCAGAUAUACCAUUAACACCAAGAGAAAGAGAAAUAUUAGAACAAACCUGUAAUCAUUCAUUUGAUACUGUUGAUAGUACACCUCCAUCAAAGCCUCCUUUACCCGAUCGGUAAAAUUAAUACCUUUCCAAAAUAAGUACAAUAUAUUAUUAUUAAACUAUGUAAAUAAUUUCUAUUUAGAACGUGGUUAAAAAAUGCUGACCAAAGCAAUUCUCCUCCUCCUUUGCCACCUAAACGUCGUACUGGACCCAAUAACACCAAGCAUACUUUAUGUAACUUAUCGUUGGAGCCAUUAAGUCUUUCUGAUAGGUCUUCAUCGAUUGGUUCCCUAGACUCAAUUUUGAAUGAUGAUGAAGUUAACAAUGUUAUGUCUAAUGAUGAUAGUUCAUUUUUAACUAGUAAACUAAUAGUAAUAUUAAUUUAGUGAAUAAAAAUAUUAAAUUUGUGUUUGAUUUUCAGAUGAUGUUAAUCAUUUAUGUGGAUAUUGUAAUUGUUCUUCUAGUUCAGCUUCUGUAGACCAAGGCAAUGAAAAACGAAUAUCACCAUUUUCUGAAUAUCCACCACAACAUGGUAAGUAUUUUUAUUAAAUUUGAAUUGGUAAUGUUCAACUAAAUAAUUAUAAUACUUAGUUUUUGAAGAGUUUAAUGAUGUAAAGUUAUUAGUUAUUACAAAAAGAAAGUUUACUUAAUUUUACUUUAAAUACAAUUGUACAUAUCUAAAAGAAAACCAUAUACUACUGUUAAAUUAGCAAUGGUAGAAAAGAAAACUGCAUUUAUUCAUCAAGCUUCUAAUCAAGUUUGGACACAUUCCAAAAACACUAUUUCUACUAUGCAACAAAUUACUUUGGAUAAAAUUUCUAAUAGAACUUUUAUAACAAAUGAAAUUAAUUGUUCAACAUCAAAUGAUGAAGUAAUUGUUUUUUAUACUUAAUAUAAAAUUAGUGUUUAUAUUUAAAUCAUUACAAAUUUUAAUUUUCUUAGAUUCCACCACCAGUACCUGAAAAAAAACGAAUAAUUAGACAAAGGUUGAGAUCAACUUAUGACAAUUUAUCUAUGGAUGAAAUGGCAACACAAUAUAACUUCCAUAGAAACAACAGCCACUGCAGUAUUCAGGCUUCUUUAACACACACUGCAUCACUUGAUAAUCCUGCAGCUGAUUCUUCAAAUCCACCACCAUUACCAUUGAAAAAAAAACAUAGUAAGUUAUAUUUAAAUUAGAUUUCUUUUAUUCUAAGAUUAAGAAUCAACAUGCUCAUUAGUUUUUCAAAAUGUUUAAUCAACUUCUCUAAAUUUUCGUCAUAUUAAAAAAUUUUUGCUUUGUAAAACAAUUCUGUUUUUAAUUUAGCAUCUCAAAAUUAGUAUUUAUCUCUACGAUUUGUUUAUAUUUUUUUGAAUUCACUAAUUUAUAAUCAUAAAUUCUAGUAGUAAUGUAAUUUCAUGAGUACACAAAUUACUAAGAAAUGUAUUUUAAAUUGCUUGAAUAUAUUCUGUAAUAAUUCCUUGGAUAUUUUUUGAAUUAUAGCCUAUAAAAAUCAACAUAAUGUGUAAAAGAAGGUUAAAAAUAAUUAAUAUAUUUGAUAUAGUAAUUAAUGCCUAUAUAAUUUUUAACUUGCCAACAAAAAAUAUGUAUAAUCUAAUAAUAACAAUAAUAAAUUGGAUUCAAGAUGAUAAUAAUUAUCAAAUAAAAUUAUGAAUAACUAUGACUAAAUAAUUUAUUUUUCUUUAGUGUUUCAUUCAGUGGCCUAUUCUGGUAAGAUAUUCUAGUAUAUAUGUUUUUAUAUAUAUAUAUAGGUUUUUUUUGUGCAUGUGAGUUAUAGUUUAGUUUGAAGAAAAAUUUGAAAGUAAUAUUAGUGUAUUUAGCAUUUUAUACUUAUCUAAUUGACUUAUACAAUUUUAUUAAAUUAUCAUUGCAGUAAUGGCGUACAUGGAAAUGUUUGGUAAUUGUUCACAUGGAAAUACUACAGAAUUUUUGCGUCAUUCUGUUCAUACAUACACAAUGCUUCAUCAAAGUAAUUGGCAUUCACCUCAAAAAUAUCAAAGCGAAAUCCAAAAUUACAGCGUUGAAAAUUCUUGUCAACAAUAUUAUUUUGCUGAGUAAAUAUUUAAUUAUUAAUACUGAAAAUGUAUUAAAGUAUUAAUUUUAACAAAUUUUUCAUAAUUUCAGUGAGUCUGGUCCACCAGCAUUACCACCUAAACGAGGUAAAAUAAUGGCAUCUCCUUAUAAAGAAAUAACACAGCCUAAUUCUCCAAAUAAAGUAUAUAUUACAGAUGUUAGUUCAACUCCAAUUGAAGCUCAGUGCCUAGAAAUUCAGUAAGUGCUUACAAAAGUUGAUAUGCUUUAUUUAUAUAUUUAAAAUGGCUGCAGACUUAUUGAGGACCAUUUAGCAGACAAACAUAGUGCUUCGUGAUCCGUAUUAUUUAUUUAAGUAAAACUAUACAGUGAUUACAUAUUAGAAGGAUAUCGCAAUGAUUUUUAACAAUAAUAAAGGGUGGUAAAUAGUGCUCGGCACUUCUUUCACAAAAAAACUCUUAGAAACAUCAAAAAACCACUUCAAAUGAAUAUAAGAACAAAUGGUAGAAUUUAAAUUAAGUACAAUUUCUUAACACAACACUAAGGAUUAACAAAAAUUAAUUUUGUUUAAAUAUAAUCCUAUGCAUAUAACUGAGUUAAUAUUUAGUGUAGCAUUGUAUUUAAUAAAUUAGAGCUGUUAGAGGAUAGAUAUUUAAACCCUACUACCGUUUUUGCUUUUUUAAAUACAGUAGGACCUCGAUAAGUUAAAAUUCAUGGUAAGAGAAAUACAAUUUUUUCAACUUAUCGAGGUUUCACUGUAUUUUUAAUGUCUUUGAUGUUUUUAAAUGAUAUUUUUUUUUUUGGAAUUUUAAAAGACCACGAAAGGAAAUAAAACAACAAAUUCUUAAAAAAAAAAAAAAUUCUUAAUUAUAGAAAACCAGAAGUCCAAACUAAACUUGUCUACGACUUUUCGUUAGCAAGUUACAGUCAUUUAAAGUUAGCGCGUGACUGCCUAUAUAUUGUGCCAUUUAUAUUAACUGUAUCGUUGUGACUAUGCCACUAUAAUUGUUAUUAUUAUAAGAUAUAUUAUUAUGACAUUAAGUUAAAUAGAAAAUUAUGAACUUUAAAAAUAUCUCUAAGACCCAACCCGGUAUAUAUUAUAUAUUAAAUAUUACGCUCAUAAUAAUGGCUAAAUAAAGUUGAAGAUAUAAUAUUUACAUGUAUAAACAUCACGAGAAUAGAUUCUAUGUUGUCAUGUGUCAACUUCAAAUGCCGGUAUUUCGCCAACAAAACAUCGUAAACAUUUUCAGUUUGAUCUAUUAUUUUUUUAACAUAGAGUACUAUUUUUUUAAACAUAAGAAAAAAUAUUAAUUUCUUUCCUUUCAUGGUCAUUUAAGUGCAACAAGUUUCAAGCCUAAGUGAUCAAUAUUCCAUAAGAAUACUUGCAUCAAAAAGUGUACAAUUUUUAUUGUCAUGCUUUCCAUUAAUUUAUUCACAAGAAAAAAAAAAUCUAAAACUUGUAAUAAAUUUUUGACCCAUAUCCCCUUAGUCCAAUCAACUUAUCAUUUAUGAUGGAAAAAUUAUUUACACUAUAUAUGAUUAAAAAUUAUCUAAUCAUGACAUUUUUAAAUAUCAUGCACUUAUUUUCUUCUUCUUUAGUAUACAACCUUUAAAGUCUUAAUGUCAAAAAAAUUUUCUGCAACUUCCCUCUAUCCAUUGCCAAUUCUCCUCAGGUUUUAUAAUAUAAACUAAAAAGUAAUUAAUAAUGAAAAAUGUUAACAAUAAUAAUUGCUCACAUUUAUCAUGAUAGUAUUGAAAUUGAAUAAGAAUAUGAGAAAUGAUAACAUACAUUGAAGCUUUAAUGAAAUAUGAAAUAAAUAAAAAUAAAAUGAAAGAGUGUACUACAAAGAGCUUUUACCACACAAGCUAAUGUAUGAAAGGAACUAAAAAAAAAUGUUUUUCUAUUAUAACAUUUUAGGAUAAACAUAUUUCUAAAAUGUUACCUUACACUUUUUUGGCAGUGAAACCACUACCAACUUUUAAUUUUCUAAUGACAGCCUGUAUUAUAAUUCCUUGAAAUUAUGAAGUUUUAGUGUAAAUAGUUUUAAUUUCCAUCAGUUUGCAAGAUAUUUCAUUCUAAAUUUGGUAAUUUUGUUGGUAUAGAGAGAGUAGUAGAGAUAAUCAGUAUCCAGAUACUAACAUUACAUAAAAGAUGAAGGUAUCACUACUCUCUCCCUACCAAUCAAUUUAUCAACCUUAAUGAUCAGACGAAAAUUAAAAUUUUAAAAACUAAAAUUUUAAAUUUUUAUGGAUUAUUUUACUUAGGUUGCCAUUUUAAAUUUAAAAGUUAUUAGUGAUUUUACUACUAAAAUUAAGUAUAAAAAAGAAAAAGAAAAGACAGCUUAACAUUUUAGAACUGUGUGUAUCUUAAAUGUAAAACAAAUUAUGAAAAAUGUAUACAUUUUCUUAAAAAGAAGAUAAAUUAGCUUGUUAAGUAAAAAUUAAAAUAAAAUUUAUAUAUACAUAUAGUAUUUAUAAACUGCGCAUAUUAAUAAUAAUAAAUUUAUAUAUAUAUAUAGUAUUUAGUUUUGAAGUUAAAAUCAAUGUUUGAUUUAUUAAAUAUGACUUAUGUUGUAUAGGGAUGUUUUAUCAAAUAUUACGGAACCUUCACAUACCAAUAUUAGUGAAGUUAACAUAAUGGAAGAAUUAAAUGUCUCUCAAUGGUUGGUAUUUAAAAAACCAGAAGAAGAAGGGCCUCUUGUUCGUGGUGGACAUGCAGAUGCUCUUGUUGUUCAUGCUACUAAUGCUGUUAAAAAUGGUAUAAAUUUUAAUUUGGGUGUAUUAUAUAAUAUAAAUAUACCUCAUACAUUUUAAUCAUUAUUUUAAUUUUAGAUUUUAUGUAUCAAGAAGCCUUUUUAACGACCUAUAGAACAUUUAUAUCACCUUUAGACUUAAUACAAAAACUGUGUAUGCGACAUCAAAGAUUUCAAAACUCUGGUGAUUUAAAUAGACAAAGAGCAAGUCGAGAAUCGUUUUCAUUAUUAGUUAGAGUAGUUAGUGAUUUAACGUAAGUUGUAUUGGACAAAUUUUAAAAAAAAUAUGAAGUAUAUUUUUUAAUAUGCUAUUUAUUGAUUACAGUUUAACAGACUUAGAUAAUAAAGUACUUCAAAUUUUAAUGGAAUUUGUGUACCAAUUAUUGUGUGCUGGUGAUUUGACUAUGGCAAAAGCUCUCAGGGUAAAGCUUUUAGAAAGAUACGAAGCAAAAUUAAUGCACACUACUUCAAUUAAUGCUCUUUUACCAUCUCAAAAUAUAUAUACUCGUCAAGCUAAUUUAUUAAACUAUAAGUCGGAACUAAUUGCUGAACAAAUGACUAUGUUGGAUUCAGAAUUAUUUAUGAAAAUUGAAAUACCCGAAGUUUUGAUAUGGGUUAAGGAGCAAAACGAAGAGCGUAGUCCAAAUCUCACUGAAUUUACAGAACAUUUUAAUAAAAUGUCAUACUGGUUUGUAUUAUUAAAAAAUUAAUAAAAGUAAUAUGAUUUAUUGUAUAAUAUAAUUGUACUUUUUAGGGCAAGAUCACGGAUUUUAGAACAAAAUGAAGCUAAAGAUCGUGAACGUUAUGUGUUAAAAUUUAUCAAAAUAAUGAAAAGCUUACGAAAAAUGAAUAAUUUUAAUUCGUAUUUAGCAUUAUUAUCUGCUUUAGAUAGUGCACCUAUUAGACGUCUGGAAUGGCAGAAAUCCAUUACUGAAUGCUUAAAAGAAUAUUGUGCUCUAAUUGAUAGCUCUUCAAGUUUUAGAGCUUAUAGACAAGCUUUAGCUGAAACCAAUCCUCCUUGCAUCCCUUAUAUGUAAGAACAUUUUUCUAAUUUUCAUAUAUACCUCAUAUUUUCUCCAUUUUAAAAAAAAAAAUUGGUAAUAAUUGAUUUCAUUAACUUUAAAAAUGAAAAUCUAUUUACUUAACUAAUUUUUUACACUAUUGUAUUACAUAGAAUCAAAAUUGAAAUUGUAUUAUAGUAUUAUUCGAAGAGAAAUUAAAUUUGGUGGUUUUUAUAGAAAAUUACGUAAUUAAUGUUUAUCAUUUAUUUUUAAUAACAUUUAAAAAAAAUUUUAACCAUGAAAUAGUUGUUCAUAUAUAACUGUGAAUAUUUUAAAUAAUUUUGAUCUCUAUAAUUAUAGAAUCAUUUAAAAUUUAAAUGACAAUAUUUAAUAGACAAUAGUUGAAUAUUUACUAUACAUCAUUAUUUUACCAAAAAGUAAUAUAUUUUUAAUCAUUUGUAAUAAAAAAGUAUUCAUCAAUGUAUUCAUAUAGUGCUAAAUAAUAGUGUUUAAUAGUGUUUUGUUAUAAGAGCAAACAUUAUUUAUUAUGAAAAUUUUAAUUCUUUCUAAAUGUUUAAAGUUUAUAAUAAUAUAUUUAAACUUAAAAUGAGGAUAACAUUUGUAGUUCUAUUAUCUUUUUUUUUUUGAUUUAUGAAUUAAAUAUUGUGAUUUGAAUAGCAAUAUUUUAGACCCGGCUUAAGAAAAAAAACUAAUUUUUUUUUAUUAAAAUCUAUAUUUUUAACUUAACCUACUCAUUGGUGAUUACACCAAAUAAUUUAUAAUUUAAAUUUAUUUCUAUUUUAUUUCAGAGGACUAGUUUUACAAGAUUUAACAUUUGUACACAUUGGCAACAACGAUUAUAUAUCUGAUAAUAUAAUCAAUUUUUCUAAAAGAUGGCAACAAUUUAAUAUUGUUGAAAAUAUGAAAAGAUUUAAAAAGGGGUAAGUAUUUUUAAUUGUGUUAUUGUGUUUAAAUGAUUUAUUCUAAAAACAUGUUUAUAGAUGCUACAAUUUCAAAAAGCAUGAUCAUAUCAUUGCAUUCUUCAAUAAUUUUGAUGAAUUUCUAUGCGAAGAAGCCAUGUGGCAAAUAAGUGAAAGUAUCAAACCAAGAGGAAGUAAAAAGACUUCUUAAAAUUAUAAUUUUAAUAUAAUUGCUUGUAAAUUUGGAUAAAUUUACAUAACUGUUUUUAUCAUGAGCAUUAGUAAGGGAACUAAUAAUUAUAUUAUAAUAAUAAAUUUGGGCUCUCUUGCAACCACUUCUUUAAGUAUUGAAAUGGCCCCAUACGAUUCGAACCCUGUAUCGUUGAACUGAAAGGAAAAUGAACCUUAACAUGAGAAGGUAUUUUUAGCUAAUAUUUAAAAGGACCCUACACAGGUAUUUACCAUUUGUCUAUCAAUUGGCAGUAUAGAAGCAAAAUGUUUUUAUACUUACAACAGUACUUUGACUCUAAUAAUUUAACUUAAAACAAAAAUUAUUAUAUCAAAUUAAAGAGAACAUAUUUUCAGAGAGGAUUUUUUCACUAAUACAAUUUUUUUUAAAACAUUGAAAUAGAAACAGAUUUUUAGAUUCUGAGCGAAGUGAAGAUUGUUUUUGUUUUACAAUUAAUACAUUUUUAUAUAUAUACAGUGUACACAAUUUUUACUAGCAAUUUUGCUCCGAUUUUCAAGUGUAACACCUUUUCUGAUUGUAAAUUUGAUCUAGUUCGUACUUUAAACAGGUCAUAACUUUUUUAAUUUUCCAAGCAGUUUUUUUAAUAAUUCAGUUAAAAAUGUUUAUAGAGACUUAAAAAUUUGAACAGAAAACUUAUAUUUGAGAUUAUUGUUGCAUACAGAUAUACAUUAAAUUGCCCUCUAUAUCCUAUAUUCACAACUUCUCACCUAUAACAGUGGUCCACCCAUCAUGCGAAAUAUAUUUUUUAAGAGUCAUAUUCAAAAAUUCCUCUGUGAAAUUAUGAAAUUAUAGUUAAUGUUAUAGUAUUUUUUAAAAAUAAUUAAUGCAUUUUUAAUUUAAGUCUACCAGUGCCCAAGUAAUAUUAAAAGUAUGAAAACUAGUAUUCCUAUAUUAGCCAUUAGAUUGACAGAGACAGCAAAUGUUGGUGUAGCAUCCUAUUAAUAGGUUUUUACAGAUAACCUAAAACUGUAGGAAAUUGUGCCAUUCAAUUUUUUUUUUUAUCAAACAAUGAUUGGUCAGAUAUUUUUUUUUAAUUUCAAAAUAAUACAACUUCUGUACUGUGAUAAAUCAAUCAAAAUCAGUACUUACUUAUCAUUAUAUUUGUAUAAUCGAUCAGCUUUAUAAAAUUAUUAUAUUUUUGGUAAAUUUUUUUGUAAUACUUUACCUUUCUUUAGUACAAUAUUAUUAUGAAUAAUUUAAUAGGAUCAAAUUUUUAAGUUAUAACAAGGUAUUUAAUAAUUUAUUAUUAAAAUAGAGUUUAGUAAAUAUCUAGUCAUUUUUAUCUGAAACUAUAUUUAACUGCGCUGUUUUAGUUGAAUGGUUAACUUAUUUAUUACCUAUAACUUUAUUUUUUUUAUUUUUGAAUGUUGUAUCUACAUCUUUAUUAUUUUAUUAAUCUAUUGAAUAGAAUAACUGUAUUAUUAAUUAUCAUAUUUACAAUUGAAAUUGUUCAUUGAAAACAAUAUUGAUCUUUUUGCAACGUCCAAAUUAAUGACAACCAUAAUGAUAAAAUAUUAUACGUAUACCAAUGGUUUAAAUAUCUUAUACUUUAUUUUAAUGACUAGUUUUUAACUACACCAAAUAGUCAUAAUAAUUUUAAUAAUUUUAUAGUUUAUUUCUUCAAAAUACAGAUUUGUUAAAAAAAUUUAACUGAUAUAACAUCAAUAAUCAUUAACAAUCCUGUGAAUAUUUUUAAUCACACAUAAAUUUUUAAUUUUGAAAUAAUAUAAUUUUUCAUAAUUUGUGUAUAAUUUAAUUUAAAUUCUAAAAGAAUGCAGCAGAUAACUAUUUAAUUUACAUUUUUUACUUUUUAUUAGAGACAAUAAUUAUUUUGAACAAAAAAUAUUAUGAGCUCCAUUCUGGAUUGAUAUUUGAAUACCUACCAUAGUUAUUAUUAUGUUCAAAUUUAAAUGAUCUUUCACUGUCAUCUGUAUCAUACCCAAAACCAUGAUCUAUCUAUAAAUUAAACAAUUUGUUACUUUUUUUUCAUUAAAUAUAAAUAAUUUUUACUAUCAAUACUUAUAUUAUAUCAGUUAUAACAAAAAUAUUGUUCUCUCUUGGAUUCCGUAUUAACAUUUAUUUCUAUUAACUAUGUAUAAUUUUUCUAAAAACCUUAAAUGUCAAUUGUUGAAUAAAUACAAUAAUUUUUUUUUUUUAAAUAAAAAUAGAAUGAUCAAUUCUAGUUCCUAUUUAUUUAUUAUUAUUUUUUAUAUAAAAAUGAUUUAAGUUUUAUUUAAUUAUUUGAUAACUUUAAAGUUAAUUGUACAAAAAUUGAAUGCCAAAUUAGCCGUAGAGGCAUAGACAUUGAUUAAAAAGAUAAAAUAUAAGAUUAUUGCCUCUCAUUAUUAUUUAAAAAUUAUUUUACUAUUAUUGUAUUAUAAAUGAAUAAAUCUUGAAACAAUUUGAAACAAUACUUUAACGAAGACUUAUAAAUUAAUAAUCUUGAACAAUUAAUUUCUAUUCUAGAAAUAAUCUAGAAUUUUAGUAAAAAUCUUGGUUUUAACAUAGGUACCAAUUAAAAUUACUAAAGUAUUGAGUAUAUUACUCAUAUUUGUAUUAUGUAUACAUAAUAUAAUUUUUUAAAUGGAAAAAAAAACCCUCUAAAAUAUAUAAAUAUGUUUAUAGUUUACCACUCAUUUGUCCGUAUUAAGUAAAACAAAACCAGGUGCAUGAUUUUAAUAAUUUUCUAAGUUAUAGCAUAUUUAGAGACUUAAUGACUGUGUCUAUAUCAGUGUUAUAAGUGCAUAUAUUUGGGUCAAGAAUGUAAUUAGUAUAAGAAAAUAAAUGUUUAUUUCUAAAAUUUAUCAUACUAUUUGUAUGGUUUUUGUUGCUUAAUUGCUUUAAGUAUUAGUUUUAAUUAUUCAAAAUUUGCUGAAACAAGAGAAACAUAGUAUAAUGCUCUGCAUCUUUUGAUCCUAAUUAAUCCACAAAAGAAAAGCAUAUCUAAUGUUUAUUAUUAUGAUCAUAUCAUUAAAAUAAGAGAAAUGUAUUAUUUUUUUUUUAAUAUUUUAAAUUAAAUUUUUCAUCUGUUAUCACUUCAUUUAAUCUAGAAAUAUAAAUUUUAUAAUAAUGACUUGAUCUAUGUUGCUACUAGACAAUAUAUCAUUUUAUAACUUUGUUAUUUUUUAACAUCUAUUUAAACUUUAUUUGUCCGGCCUUUGUACAAAAUAUUAUAGCUGUUUUUGAGGCAAUUACUUAACAUUUGCAGUACAUUUUUUUAGGAAAUACCAAGUUAAAUAGAUACAUAGAUAAGAUAAAUAUAUUGUAAUAAGCUGUAUAUUUUGUUCUUUGUUAAAAUAAAUUGUAUAGUAAUGUAUUUGUAAUUUGUAAAAGGUAAAAAUGUUUUAGAAAUGCAGUAUUUAUUUGUAAUAGAAUAUAUAUUAUUUAAAGUGAUUUGUUUAUACUAAGCUCAAAGGAGAACUCUCUAACAUUUUUGUUUUUUCAUAAUAUUACAUUGUCAUACUAAAUAAUAUUCCUGAAAUUGUGUAGUUGACCCAUUUACAAAAUAAAUAAGUUGUGUUAUAAAAUGUUGUGUUGUUUUUAUUUUUGAUAUUGACAGUUUACAACACCAACCUAAAUUUUAAGUUUUUUAAAUUGUUGUAUUAAAAUAGUUAAAAUUGAAUUCAUAUUAUCUGCAUAGAAUAAGUUAAAAUGAAAUAUGUAUUUGCAAAAUUGUAAACACUUGAAAAUAAAAAAUUGUAUUGUCAC